ACAUGGUGUCGUCUUUGCGAUUCAUCGGACCGGAAAACGACUUUUUGGCAGACUCAAUAACGCUCUACAGCCAGGAGUACUUCAAAGCCUGGGAAUAUUUCGUGGCCACAGACAUGCAACGUUUGCCAGACUGGGAAUAUUUUGCCAAUUCUGCUGCCGUCACUGGAGCCUCACCCUGGACAAUUUACGAGUUUGACUUUUUCCAGGGCAAGAGCUUGUGCCUGUUCCCGGCUCCUGAUGGAAACCCAGGUCUGUUCCCAACAAAGCAGACGAUGGGAUUGAGUGUCAUCAUGUCAGUGAGGAAAGGCUGUUACUCGAACGUUCGUCUUUCGCCGAUUCAGCUUCGCAAAAAUCAAAUCACGUCGUCUAGGAACGUGACCAAAAGAUCGUUGGAUGUUCAACAGUGAAGCUGAUUGACCUGGUGAUGAUUAGAAAAAGGAAAUUCCUUGAGAAUCCAUUCGUCGGAGACGGGAAUGGUCGAUUUCUAAAAUCUUCUGAAUAGUUCACAUUUCUGAUGGUCGGUUGACAUUCCAUUUUGAGCGAAAAAGGAAUUCACAGCUGUUCACAGUAGCAGGGCUCUCGUGCACAAAUGGAGCCUUCCAUAUUUCGCGCGUAGCAGAAGGUCGAAUUUCGGGGAAGAAAAACGAA